AUGGGGUUGCUUGACGGCAUCUCUUCUGGAGGGAGCAUAGCUCUAGGAAUUAUUGUUGGACUUUUAUCGACAAGUGUCCAGAGUCUAGGUCUUACCUUACAGCGAAAGUCGCAUAUCCUCGAGGACGAAAAAGGACCCCACGAUGUUCGACGACCACCAUAUCGACGGAGGAGAUGGCAGCUUGGAAUGGGCAUGUUUAUCGUGGCGAACCUUUUAGGAAGUAGUAUCCAGAUUUCGACCCUUCCACUUCCCGUUCUCUCGACUCUACAGGCUGCCGGCCUUGUUUUCAACUCCAUAUGCGCAUCGCUCAUCCUCAGCGAGCCUUUCACAAAGUGGUCGCUAUCUGGUACAAUCCUCGUCACAUCGGGUGCUGUGUUGAUCGGAAUAUUUGGAGCUAUCCCCUCGCCGGCGCAUGACCUGAACGAACUUUUGGCGCUCCUGGGGAGGAGACCAUUUAUCAUCUGGAUGAUUUUCCAAGCGCUAUUCGUCAUCACUCUUGCGUUGGCCAUUGACUUGACCAACAGCAUGUCAAGUCUGUCUCAUGACGCCCGAUUCCGACUGGCUCGAGGCAUUACAUACGGUGUCAUCAGUGGAGAUAUCUCUGCUCAUGCCCUUUUGUUCGCCAAAUCCUCCGUGGAGUUGGUUAUCAAGACUGUCGCAGGACGUAACCAGUUCGUGCAUUGGCAAUCAUGGGCGAUUGUCCUAGCUCUUGUCGCAUUGGCGCUUUGCCAACUUUACUACUUACACCGAGGUCUCAAACUCGUCUCGACCUCAGUACUUUAUCCCCUGGUUUUCUGUGUUUACAACAUCAUUGCCAUUUUAGACGGCUUGAUAUACUUCAACCAAACGAGCCUAAUAUCGCCCCGUAGAGCAUGCCUCAUCGCUUUGGGAACACUCAUUCUCUUGUCUGGCGUACUGGCGUUAUCAUGGCGAUUGAGCGACGAGCAGCAUACACCCGGCGUUGGCCAGUCGUCUCUCGCGCCUGGUCUUGGACUUGUGGAGGAUACUGAGGAGGAGGAAUCUCUACUCGGUUCAGACAAUGCCGUCGCCGAUGAUGAUUCCACUCCACAUACAUAUCAGACAUUUCCACCCACAACUGAUGAGACACCGCUGGUUCCUUCUCGCAAGAGAACCCCUCGGUGGGCCGAGCGGGCUGAGAUAUGGGGCGAGUUGGAGGAUAGAGAUGAGCCCACUACCCCGGGCAGUAGGCGGCGGUCUAGUACAUUGCAGCGUCAUGCAGAAUCAUCACCUCUUCUACCAACCAAGAGGCCUCUUACAACUGGCCCUGGCGGUGAAGAGUCCGGCCCAAGCACCGAGUCUACCCCUCGAAAAUUGACCCGACGAAGGCGGAAGAGCACCGGCUUCCCCGGCCUUGUCGCUCGUCGGCAUCAAAGAAACAGGAGCUCCACAGAAUCUGGCGCUCUCAGCAACAUCCUCUCCUUGAGUUGGUUGAGGAGCAGAAGUCGCCAGCCGUCGCAAGGUAGCAACACCGACGGCUUCCCAUGGGGCUCCGCGUCCCAACAAGAAGGCGCUGAGGCAAGGGGCGACGCAGCUGUAUGA